AUUGCAUUUAUAAUACUAAAACAGAAAAGAUGCAUUUUUGCUCUGGACUCUUGACAGCAUGAGUUGACAGAGUGAAGCUGACUGCAGCUCAUAGGGGGUGGAUUUCUUGUUUUACUUCACUGAGAAGUGGAUUGUGGAGCAGAGAAGCAGCAGGGGGAUUGUGUGCUUGCCUGUGAAACAGGGUGUGUACAGUGAGAGGGGGAGCAAGGAAAGAAAACAGCGUGUAUCACUAAGGCUGCAGGUGGAUGAUGCUAUUUUCUAGAGCCUUUAACCAACAGUGUGGGAUAACCUGUGUGAUUUCUACAUGUGUGGAGAACGAAUGUGCUGCACUUCAGCAGAGUUAUUAAUGAAAUAGCCAUUCAGGGCUUUAGAAGAAGAUGGCUUUCCACGUGGAGGGGCUGAUUGCUAUAAUCUUGUUUUACUUGGCUAUUCUGUCUGUUGGUAUCUGGGCAGCCUGGAGAACUAAGAACUUGCGUGGAGAUGGAGAUCCUCGAGAAGGGAUUAUUGUGGGUGGCAGAGACAUUGGACUGCUCGUUGGUGCUUUUACUAUGACUGCAACAUGGGUUGGUGGAGGCUACAUCAAUGGAACAGCAGAAGCUGUGUAUGUGUCAGGCUACGGGUUGGCUUAUGCUCAAGCACCGAUUGGCUAUUCUCUCAGCCUCAUUGUAGGUGGUCUGUUCUUUGCAAAGCCUAUGCGGUCCAAAGGAUAUGUGACCAUGCUGGAUCCUUUCCAGCAGAUAUAUGGAAGACGAAUGGGAGGUUUGCUUUUCAUACCCGCACUGAUGGGAGAAAUGUUCUGGGCUGCUGCCAUACUCUCUGCUUUAGGUGCCACCAUAAGUGUUAUAGUGGACAUUAACAUCAACAUUUCAGUAGUAGUGUCUGCCUUGAUUGCCAUCUUUUAUACCCUUGUCGGUGGACUAUACUCUGUUGCUUAUACUGAUGUUGUUCAGCUUUUCUGCAUCUUUGUGGGGCUGUGGAUCAGUGUACCUUUUGCAAUGACUCAUCCUGCAGUUACAGACAUCACAGUGACAGCUGUGGAAGAAGUCUACAAGGAGCCUUGGCUGGGCAGUAUUAAGCGUGAAGACUCCUGGGCUUGGAUUGACAGUUUCCUGCUUCUAGUGCUAGGGGGAAUUCCCUGGCAGGCCUAUUUUCAGAGGGUCUUGUCUGCUUCUUCUGCAACCUAUGCUCAAGUGCUCUCUUUCUUAGCUGCUUUUGGUUGUUUGAUAAUGGCAAUUCCUUCCAUUCUAAUUGGAGCCAUUGGAGCCUCCACAGACUGGAAUCAAACCUCAUAUGGCCUACCUGAUCCAGAGAGCAGAGAGGAAGCAGACAUGAUUCUACCCAUCAUACUUCAGUAUUUGUGUCCACCUUACAUCUCUUUCUUUGGACUUGGUGCUGUUUCUGCUGCAGUAAUGUCAUCAGCUGACUCUUCCAUCCUGUCAGCCAGCUCAAUGUUUGCCAGGAAUAUUUAUCAACUUUCAUUUAGGCAAAAUGCAUCAGAGAAUGAAAUAAUCUGGGUGAUGCGGUGCACUGUGUUUGUAUUUGGAGCUGCUGCCACAGCUAUGGCAUUGCUGGCGAAGUCAGUUUAUGGACUUUGGUACCUGAGCUCUGACCUUGUCUAUAUUAUCAUCUUCCCACAGCUUCUUUGUGUUCUGUUUAUCAAAGCAACCAACACGUACGGGUCUGUUGCAGGAUAUGUGUUUGGGCUGUUCCUCAGAAUAAUUGGUGGAGAGCCAUAUCUUCACUUGCCGGCACUCAUCUGCUACGGAGACUGCUAUCUAGACAAGAAUAACAUGGUUAUGCAAAGAUUCCCUUUCAAAACUCUCUCCAUGCUGGUUUCAUUUUUAGCAAACAUAGCUUUCUCUUACUUUGCAAAGUAUCUGUUUGAAACAGGAUCAUUGGCACCAAAAUUAGAUUUCUUUAAUGCUGUGGUGGCUAAGCACAGUGAAGAGAACAUGGACAAGACAACAUUAGUGAAGAGUGACAAUAUUAAUUUGUCUGAGCUAGCUCCAGUAAAGCCAAGGCAAAGCCUGACAUUAGGUGCAACAUUUGUUAAUAAGGAGGCCAUAAGUGACUUGGACUCAAGCCCAGAGUCUCCCGACACAGAAAACAAGGACCUGUAAUAUAGCCAUAGAAACACUGCUGUGCUUGCAUAGUAAGCAAUGAACAUUAUAUACUGAAAUACAAAGGGUAAGCAGAAUUUAUGAAGGAUUUAUGGUUUUAUAAAGCUGUCAUUGCACAAAUCACCACAAGCAUCAUAAGAUCCUCUUACUGCUGAAGGCACUUGUAUCCUGUCUUCUCUGUUCUUCCGAACUUGAUAGAUGUUAAGUGUAUCCUUAAAUACCCAUGUCUUUGUGACUUAGUAUUUUGCAGGCUUUGAUCUUAUUUUGUGAAGAUUCUAGCAAUAAGUAAUAAGUUUAGAAAGAUAAAGUAACACAAACCAAUGGAAUACUCAAAGUUACUAAAACCAGUACAUAGAAUAUAU